AUGGCUGCCGAGUUCCCCAAGCAUCCCUUUCUCCUCUCGGUCCGGGAGGUUGAGCAGGCCGUCGGCACCGAUGUCGACAAGGGCCUGACCGCCUCCCGGGCUGCCGAGCUGCAGCAAAAGUAUGGUCCCAAUGAGCUAGAUGUCGGCGGUGGUAUUGCCUGGUACACCAUCUUCAUCCGCCAGCUCUGCAAUGCCAUGAUCUUGGUCCUUUUCUUCGCCAUGGCCCUGAGCUUUGGUGUUGCUGACUAUAUCGAAGGCGGCGUCCUGGCGGCCGUCAUCGUGCUCAACGUCUCCAUUGGCUUCUACCAAGAAUACGGCGCUGAGAAGAAGAUGGAUGCUCUACGUGCCCUCUCGUCACCCAGUGCCAGCGUCCUUCGAGACGGCAAAAGUAUUGUCGUGCCAAACGCCGAAGUUGUUCCCGGCGACAUCGUCAACCUGAAAAUGGGCGACACUGUCCCUGCCGACGUGCGACUCUUCGAGGCCAUGAACCUGACCUGCGACGAGUCAUCGCUCACAGGCGAGGCAAUCCCCGUGGAGAAGCAGACGGGCAACGACAUCACGAUCCCGGGCACCGAUUCGCAGCCCGCCACGUGCGAGGACGACGUCGGCAUCGCAGACCGCGUCAACAUGGCGUACGCGACGACCAUCGUGCAAAAGGGCCGCGGCCGCGGCAUCGUCGUGGCGACGGGCAUGCAGACCGAGGUGGGCAAGAUCGCGGCGUCGACCAACAAGAAGCGCCGCAAGGCCGGGCGGUCAAUGAACUGGAAGAAGUACGGCAAGGCCCAGCCCAUCAAGGGCGCCGCGCGCCGGACGUACGACUUCUUCGGCAAGUUCCUCGGCCUGACCGAGGGCACGCCGCUGCAGAUCAAGCUGGCCAAGCUGGCUUACUUGCUGUUCUUUUGCGCCUUGCUGCUGGCCGUCAUCGUGUUCGGCGUGAACAAGUUCGUGAGUCCGCUGCCGAAGGAGGUCGUUAUUUAUGCCAUCUCGACGGGCAUCGCAAUCAUCCCGGAAUCGCUGGUCGCCGUGUUGACCAUUUCGAUGGUCGUGGCGACGACGGUCAUGCGGAAGGCGAAUGUUGUCGUUCGUGACCUUUCUGCCCUCGAAGCCUUGGGAGGGGUCACCAACAUCUGCUCGGACAAGACAGGCACUCUGACCCAAGGCGCCAUGAUCGUCAAGAAGGUUUGGCUUCCGCCGUCGGCCAUCUACACCGUUACCGGCUCGACGGAUCCCAACGACCCGUACAAAGGCACCGUCAGCGACCAGCCGCAGGCGGAGGACCACAACAAGAAGCGCGACUUUGACGAGGAGCGCACGACGCAAGCCGUCAAGUUCGACGGCGUGCCGGACGAGAAGCUCAACCCACCCAAGCCGACCGAGUCCAAGAUGGCGUCCCUGACACCAGAGCUCCGCUUGUUCCUGCUCUCGGCGGCGCUUUGCAACCUGGCGACGGUCCGCUACGACGAGACCGAGACCGCGUGGAAGACAACGGGCGAGCCAACCGAGAUCGCCCUGCAAGUCUUUGCCCACCGCUACGACCGCAAUAAGAAGGCCAUGGAAGCCCAGGGCUGGACGCAGAUCGCCGAGUUCCCUUUCGACAGCACCAUCAAGCGCAUGUCGGUCGUGUACAACCCGCCGCUGGAGUCCGACAACGACGAGGCUGGGCUCGUUGACCCGGGCAGCAGCGUCGUCUUCACAAAAGGCGCUGUGGAGCGCAUCCUGGACCUGUGCGCGUACGUCGGCACGGGCGAAGCGCAGCAGCCCAUGACGGCCGAGAUGAAGGAGCAGAUCCUCGAACAAAUGACAAAAUUCGCGUCGCUCGGACAGCGAGUGCUGGCCGUGGCGUACCGGCCGUGGCAAGGGCGGUACGUCCCGGGCAGCGAGAAGAAGGUCAUCGCCUCGAAUGGAGACUUCCCCACCGAGGAAGACGCAAACCGCGCGGCGGUCGAACAGGACCUGGUGCUGCUCGGGCUGGCGGGCAUCUACGACCCACCGCGGCGCGAGACGUCCCCUUCCAUCUUUGAGUGCUCCCGGGCGGGCAUCAAGGUGCACAUGCUGACGGGCGACCACCCGGAAACGGCGAAAGCCAUCGCCAAGGAGGUCGGCAUCAUCCCGAGCAACAUGGGCGUGCUCCCCUCGGGCGUGGCCGGCACGGUGGUGAUGAAGGCGACCGACUUUGACCGCAUGACCGAAGACGAGAUCGACGCGUUGGAGGAGCUGCCGCUGGUGAUCGCGCGGUGCGCGCCCGAGACAAAGUCGCGCAUGGUCGAGGCGCUGAGGAGGCGGCACGCGUUCAUGGCCAUGACGGGCGACGGAGUAAACGACGCCCCCUCUCUGAGCCGGGCCGACGUGGGCAUUGCCAUGGGCUCGGGCAGCGACGUGGCCAAGUCGGCGGCCAAGAUUGUGCUGACGGAUGACAAGUUCAACAGUAUCGUUGCGGCUAUCAAGGAGGGGAGGAGGAUGUUUGAGAACAUCCAGAAGUUCGUGUUGCAUCUGCUGAGCAGCAACGUCGGCGAGGUGAUUUUGCUGAUUGCGGGCUUGGGAUUCCAAGACGAGACGGGCUUCUCGGUGUUUCCUAUCUCACCGCUCGAGAUUUUAUGGAUCAACAUGGUGACCUCGUCGUUCCCGGCGUUUGGCCUGGGCAGGGAGAAGGCGAACGCAGGCGUCAUGAGAAAGCCGCCGCAUGACAAGAGGAGGGGUGUCUUCACCAACCAGAUCCUCGCCGACAUGAUGGUAUACGGGCUGCUGAUGGGCACCUGCACGCUCAUGACGUUCGUCAUUGUCGUCUACGGCAUGUACGGUGGGCAGCUCGGCCACGACUGCAACCGCAUGUACUCCGAGUCGUGCACAGCCGUGUUCCGUGCCCGGGCCGCUGUCUUCGCCGAGCUUACCUGGCUCAUCCUGCUCAGCGCGUGGGAGUUCAAGGACAUCCGGCGGUCCCUCUUUCGCCUCAAUCCGGACGACACUUCACGGUUCCCGCUCUUCAAGGACCUGUACGAAAACCGUUUCCUCUUCUGGGCCGUCGCCAUCGGGCUGGUCAGCGUGUUCCCGACCGUGUACAUCCCCUACCUGAACCGAGAUGUGUUCAAGCACACGGCCAUCAGUUGGGAGUGGGGCGUCGUGAUCGGCAUGACCAUCAUCUAUGUCGUUGGUAUCGAGGCGUGGAAGUAUGUCAAGCGCAGGUUGAACAUCCUAGACGACCACAAGGUGGUGCAGGGGACCUGGUCGCAGGGCGAGGAGGGCGCCAGGAAGUUUUACAAGAGCAUGGGGCUCGGGCACGUCAGGAGCUGGCUGAGUGCUGGAAGGACGUUGAGCGUCAGUCGGACCGAGUCCAGGUCCAAGGCGCAUUCGGCCGGGGAGUUGUCGGCGGCCACAACGCAACAGAGAACGAAUUCGCUGCCACCGGUGUGA